CGCUCGCUUGCUUGCGGGUUUUCUGGUAAGGGGGUGGAUGGGUAGGGUGGGUUUUUUGUUCUUUAUUGGGUGGGUGGAGGGGUGAAGAGGUGGAGGGUUAAAAGAGGAGGGUAGGGAGGGAAAGCGGGCGGGGUGGAUGGACGCCUUGGGUUUGGAUGGUUGGAUGGUGGAAUGGUUGGCUAGUACUCUGUGUAUUGGUAUGCAUAUACUACGUACUAAGGUCAGUUAUUUAUUCGUUUGUUGCCGUUGGGGCAUUUGCUUGCGCGGGGGUGGGUUUGCGGAGCGGGAGGGAGCUGUGCUGGUGGUGGUGGUGGCCGUGUUCGGUAGGUAUUUUGCUGUGGCUUUUCACGUUACUGUCUACGGACAUACGGAUGUACGUACUUGUUUCCUCUUAGCUACUUAAUAAUACUGAAAUGACUUGUGGUCUUGUUUCGUCGGUAGUGGUUGUGGCUGUCUGCUUUGUAGUAGCUCUGGUGACGGAUUGGAUAAGUG